AUGGCACCCCCUCGACGAAACCUCCUCCCGAAGGAGCGUUUCGGGUUCGCAUUUGGCAACCUCAAGACCCAAAGCUAUCAUGAUCCUAUCUCGCGGGGCCCUGGGUCUCAUACUAUUCGCACGAUAGCAUGGAAUCCUACAGGCCAGCUCAUUGCAACGGGCUCCGCUGAUCGGACUCUUCGGAUAUGGAACCCCGAGCGUCCGGCUGUCAAAUACUCGACUGACCUGCGCGGCCAUUCUGCGGGGAUCGAGAAAGUGCUGUUCAAUCCUGUGCGGGACUCGGAGUUGGCCAGCUGUUCUACUGAUGGGACUGUUCGCUUCUGGGAUGUACGAUCGAAGACGUGUGUCAGCCGCCUCGAUGUUGGUGGAGAAGCAUUCACCUUGUCCUGGUCGGCGGAUGGGAAGGUUGUGAUUGUGGGCAGGAAGGAUGAUACCCUUGUCCCCGUCUCGAUAGAAUCGCCGUCCUCCCCAAACAUUCUCACAGACGGGGUCGCCAACAUCGCAUCAACAUUAUCUCCGAAUCAAAAAGAUGGCCCAACAACAUACACUGCUCUAGAAGCGCAUCCACAACCUGUUCAGACAAACGCAACAACCUUCUCCUACCAUGUUCCCACCCCCGCCUCUCCCGACCUCCACCUCUUCGCGACAACCGGCGAAGGCACCGUCAAGAUUAUGUCCUACCCCUCCCUCGACGUCCUCCAUACUCUCCACGCACACACUUCUGCAUGUCUCUCCGUAGCUCUCGCACCUACAGGCCGCUAUCUCGCCGUCGGCGGCAGCGACGCCCUCAUCUCUCUCUGGGACACGACGGACUGGAUCUGCCGGCGCACGGUGUCGAGUAACAACGGCGGCGCGGUCCGCGGCGUCAGCUGGAGCUUUGACGGCCGUUUCAUAUGCGGCGCUUGCGACGAGGUCGGCUGUGGCGGGAACGGUCUGGAGAUCUUCCACGCGGAAACGGGCGAGAGCGUGUAUACGGUUCCUACGGGUGGCAGCAGUAACUCGGGGAUACCGGCUGUGGCAUGGCAUCCGUCCCGUUACUGGCUGGCGUAUUCUACCACUGCUGAUGGGCCGGGGAGUGCGGGGGCGGGUGGACUUAAGAUUGUUGGAGCUGCUGGUGGAAGUUUGUAA